AUGUCGGUCCGGCUGACCUUUCACAGGACCUUUCUGCUCCGAGCAGACUUCAGAGGCACAGGAACCUCAGAGUAUCCUCACAGAGUAUCCACAGAGUAUCCACAGAGUAUCCUCAGAGUAUCCUCAGAGUAUCCUCAGAGUAUCCUCAGAGUAUCCUCACAGAGUAUCCUCACAGAGUAUCCUCACAGAGUAUCCUCACAGAGUAUCCUCACAGAGUAUCCUCACAGAGUAUCCUCACAGAGUAUCCUCACAGAGUCACAGGAACCUCACAGAGUAACCUCAGAGUCACAGGAACCUCACAGAGUAACCUCACAGAGUAACCUCACAGAGUAA